AUGUUCCCCGUCUGUAGUUCUGAUCAGUACGGGCAAUAGGAACAAUGCAAGCCUUAACGAUCCUCGUGGUGGUCUCUCUGGCCUAUUUGGUGGCUGGACGUCCCUUUCAAACUGAAAUCUCCCACCUUCAAGACGAAGUCCAGUUUCUGAGAUCCAACCUCUCUGCUCUCUGGGAAAUUGUUCACGAACAUGACCAGCUUCACGGCAUUGUCCGCCCACCAAGGCCGUACAGAAGUGUUGUCAGGGAAACCAGGAACCACAGAGUACACCUGCACUUCCACUUGGACAUCCCAGGUUCUCAUCCGGGUCAGGAAGACGAUUGUCACAAUGAAUUGAAUCCAGUUGCAAGUGUUACCAGGGAAACCAGGGAACACCGAGUCAAUAUGGACUUUUAUAUGAAUAUCCCCGAUCAUCCUGCCAGUGACCCAGUGAGAAGUGUCGAGAGAGAAACAGAGGAACACCAUGUUAACAUGGACUUCUUUUUGGACAUCCCCUAUCAUACCCCUCCACAUGAUUAUGUUGUCACUAGUUCCGAUUCAGAUCACGAUGUUUGUCCGAUGAGAAGUGUUGUCAUGGAAACCACACACCACAUGGUCAGCAUGGACUUCUUCUUAGACGUCCCUGAUCACCCUUCUGAAGAUGAGGAUCGUCAUGUAGCAACCACUGAGGAUCAGGAAUUGCACUAUGCCCACUGUCAGAUGGAACCUAACCCAAAUCAGCUGGCCAGUCUGCACCACCAUGUUCAUGGAAGUAUUGAGAUGUCACAAAGAGGCACAGGAGAUUUAACCAUGUACUUCCAUCUUACUGGAUUUAAUGUAAGUGAUGAUUUCGAAGACCAUAAUCACGGACUCCAGAUCCACGAGUAUGGAGAUAUGGAGCAUGGCUGUGACACCAUAGGAGAACUUUACCACGGCGAGCAUGUCCAAGGUCACGCCAAUCCUGGUGACCUGGGAGAUCUCCAUGAUGACGAUCGAGGAACCGUGACGGCCACUCGAUCCUUUGAUUGGCUCCGUAUCGACGAGGAUGAUGGAAUUCUGGGACGUUCCCUGGCAAUUCUUCAGGGAGACCACACGAGCCAUACAUCUAUCAUCGCUUGUUGUGUCAUUGGUCGUUCACAUGCCCACUGAAGUUUGCAUCUUUAAGUUGUCGAUUCCUUAAAGAAAACUUUCAAAAAAAUGUACCUGCAUAACAUAUUUUUCUGAAUUUCUUUUCAAAUAAACAUCAUUGAAGUCA